AUUUUCUUGGUUUCUAAAGAGAUGCCGUGUUUUUAAGCAAUCUCUUAUUGUGUGGAGUCUUGUAGAAUACAUAUAUAAUUAACGAAUAGUCCGCCAACUGAAUAUUAAAAAAGAGAAAAAGGGAAUGUCCAAACCCCAUAUUCUUCGUGGAGAUUCUGCUGAUCAAUUAUCUCGCGUAGCUGAUUAAAGGUAUUCAUUUUAGAAAGCUGACUCCAAGAUGGAAGUUCAUUCUUGCUAUUCUACAACCUAUUAUUGCAUUGUAAAUGUUAGCAAAUGUCUAAUUUCAAAUCAGGCAAAGUUUCCCAUAGUAAAAGAAAGAAGGUUGUAUUCUGGUUUAGAUGUUUAUAGCAUAAAGAAAAAGAGGACUCAGAGGCUUACUAUCACUGCUCUGAAAGGAUUUGACAGUGUCGACUCAAGUCUCUUGAGUGAAAGCUAUAACUCAGAUAUUAUAGAUGGGAAAGUCGGUACCCAAGAUGUGACUGGUAGUGCUAAAUCAGUAACAAAGGUUAUCGUUCCCAGUUUACCUGAUGAAACUAAAGCCGACUCUGUUGCUGUGGUCGAUAGCUGCUUGUGGGAAUGGAAACCCAAACUGAAAGUUCAUUAUGAGAAAUCUGGUUGUCAAAAUGUUAACUCCGCACCAAUACUUUUUCUUCCUGGUUUUGGUGUUGGCUCCUUUCACUAUGAAAAGCAAUUAAAAGAUCUUGGUCGUGAUCACAGAGUAUGGGCAUUAGAUUUUCUUGGACAAGGGAAGUCAUUACCAUGCGAGGAUCCAACUUUGCAGUCCAAAAGAUUAGAUGAAUCUGAACCUGAUGGAAACAGUGUCGUCUGGGGUUUUGGAGAUGAAGCAGAACCUUGGGCAAAAGAACUUGUCUAUUCUGUUGACUUAUGGAGGGACCAAGUACGUUAUUUUAUUGAAGAGGUUAUUAAAGAGCCAGUCUACGUUGUGGGAAAUUCGCUUGGUGGAUAUGUUGCCCUCUACUUAGCAGCAUACUACCCUCAAUUGGUGAAAGGUGUAACCUUGCUUAAUGCGACCCCAUUUUGGGGAUUUCUCCCUAAUCCUGUUAGAUCUCCGAGAUUAUCUAGAUUGUUUCCAUGGGCUGGGACUUUUCCUCUUCCCACCACUAUCAGAAAGCUCACAGAACUUGUAUGGCAGAAAAUUAGUGCUCCCGAGAGCAUUGCGGAGGUGCUUAAACAAGUUUACGCUGAUCAUACCACAAAAGUGGAUAAAGUUUUCUCCAGUAUUCUUGAGAUAACAGAACACCCUGCAGCAGCUGCAUCCUUAACCUCAAUAAUGUUUGCUCCUAGGGGACAACUAAGUUUUAAGGAGGCACUUAAUGGGUGUCGAAUGAACAAUGUGCCCGUUUGUCUCAUGUAUGGAAAAGAAGACCCCUGGGUGAUGCCUAUUUGGGCACUACAAGUGAAACGCCAAUUGCCUGAAGCUCCAUAUUAUCAGAUUAGCCCUGCUGGUCACUGCCCCCAUGAUGAAGUCCCAGAGAUUGUGAAUUUUUUGCUGCGUGGAUGGAUCAAGAACAUCGAAUCGCAUAGUUCAGUUGCAUUGCCACUGCUUGAUAGUCCAGAAAGCAUCGAAUAUGACAUUGUCAGAGACUUGGAAUUUGUUCGGCAAGGAAUGAAAAAAGCAGUAAGAGUGCAAUUUUACGGGUCAAUGACUUCUCAAUGGGAGAGGCUUCGCAUGUUUCUAAAAUCUCGAUUCCAAUAUGGAGUUUACUCUCCAUAACUGCACAUAAAUUUACUCAUUUUUUUCUUUUCACAUAUCAUGUGUGAUAAUUUCCCACCGAUAGUAAGCUGAAUGUUUUUUGGCUACAUAACAAUUUAGCAAUGUAAAUUGUAAUA